AUGUCCAAUCAAAUGGAGUUUAUAAUGCAACUUUAUAUGAUGAACUUGCUGCAGCAGCAACAGCAACAGCAGCAGUUGCAGCAGCAGCAGCAGCAGCAGUUGCAGCUACCGCAGCCCCAACAACAGCUGGCUGGAUACACCUACACACAGAACGAGGACAUCUCCAGCAGCACAUGCCUGCAACAGCAGCAGCAACAUGAACAGCAACAGCAACAGCAACAGCAGCAGCUCGAACCUCUCAAGACAAGAACGCACAAACGCAUUAGCUCGCAAAACACGACCUAUAGUACUCUUAGUAGUCGUAGUUGUAGUCCCAAUAGUAAUUUGAUUGCUCUUCAACAACAACCAUUUGCCCAUGCUGCAGCAUCCACGCCCCCAGCACCUAACCACUUUGUUGGCCAGAUGUUGCUCAACACAUUGCCCCCCCUGACGCAGUUCAUGCUGCAGCAGCAACAACAACAGCAGCAGCAGCAGCAACAGCAACAGCAACAGCAGCAACACUUGUUGGCAACAUCGAACCUCCUACUAACACCCACCCACACGCCCAGCUCCCUGAAGCAGGAGCAGCUGCAACAAAACAUGAUGCUGGGCCAGUUCUCAAACGCAGUAAAUGUCGAACAGCUUACCACAAAUAAUUUUUUGCAAUCAUCCACAGUGACAUCAACGCCAAUCGAGAACGCAGCGCAACAUGCUGCCGACGCAGCCAUCACUCCAGCAGCAACAUCUGCAGUGGCUCAGGGGGCGCAUGUUGCCAGCAGCCUUUCGGCCGUCACAGUCAAAUUUGAGCAGGAUUUCGACGAUGAAGAUGAAGAUGAUGAUGUUGACGAUGACGAUGACGAUGACAAGCCGCUGUCCAGCCUGAACAGCUGCAGCUCCUCGGGGCUGGUCAGCACCAAUGCCAGCUCCGAGAAGCUGCUGGUGAUGUCGGGCGUGCAACCGUUGGAGUCGACGAUAGACAGCGUUGACUCCCCCAGCAUGUACACUCCCGUCAAGCAGCCGGCGGACUCAUCGUACAACAUCACGCCCCUCGACAGCGAGCUCACUCCAAACACCCCCAUAGCCCAGACCCAGACCAACUCCCUCCUGACCCCGCCCUCCAGCGAGCAAAGCAAGAGCAUUGUCAGCCUGUCCACGGCGAGCAGCCUGGACGCGUUCCUGCAGAGCGAGGAUAGCUUGAAGAACCUGCGAAAGGUGUCCUCGUAUCUGGAGUGCGAGAACAGCCUGUGCCGGCAGGAGAACUUUCGCGAACAUUUCCACUGCCACGACGAGCCCUGCCAGGGCAAGAUCUUGAGCAAGAAGGACGAUAUCAUCCGGCACCUUAAGUGGCACAAAAAGCGCAAGGAGAGCCUCAAGCUGGGCUUUGCCCGCUUUUCCUCGGCGGACGACUGCGCCCCGACCUACGGCAAGGGCUGUGCCUACAACUGGAAGCAGACCCACUACCACUGCAUCUACGAGCACUGCCCCAAGGUGUAUGUGAGCACCAGCGACGUCCAGAUGCACGCCAAUUUCCAUCGCAAGGACUCCGAGAUAGUCAACGAGGGCUUCCGACGCUUUCGAGCCCACGAAAACUGUCGCAUUGAGGACUGCCCCUUCUUCGGCAGGAAGAUAUCGCACUAUCAUUGUUGUCGCGAGGGUUGCAACCACACAUUCAAGAACAAGGCUGAUAUGGACAAACACAAGACCUAUCACCUGAAGGACCAUCAGUUGAAGAUGGAUGGCUUCAAGAAGAUUCUGAAGACGGAGGCCUGUCCCUUCGAGGCUUGCAAGUUCUCCACGGUUUGCAACCACAUCCACUGCGUCCGCGAGGGCUGUGACUACAUCUUGCACUCCAGCAGCCAGAUGAUCAGCCACAAGCGAAAGCACGAUCGGCAGGACGGUGAGCAGGCUUACCAGCAGUUCAAGAGCAAGCAGGAAGUGGAGGAGUCCUCGCUGGAAUCCGCGCCCCAGCCAACCGCCAGCGCCACUCAGCCCCCGAUCAGUGCCUCCAGCAGCAGCAACACCUCCACCCCUCUCUCCUCUCUCUCCGCCGAGCACUUCCUGGCCCGCAAGCGCGGCAGGCCACCCAAGAAAAUUCAACUGCCCGCCGAUGCUCAGCAACCAGAGGCGAAACGUCUCAAAGUCGAGGAUGAUUCCAGCAAUCAGACCAUGCUCCAGACCCUGCAACAAUCCAUUCCCCAAUCUUCUCUCAACCCACUCGCCAAUGGACUGUUUCCCGGCCUCCUGCCAAACUUCAAUGUUGGUGCCACCGCUGCCGCUGCAACUGGGGCAGAUGCCAUGGCGCCAAACUUCCAGCUGACCCAUUUGAUGGCCCUCUUCCAGCUACAGAACCCCCUCUUGUACCAAAACCUCUAUCCCGCCCUCCCACAGAACACCUCCAUGCUGGGAAACUUGGCUGCCUUCAGUGCUGCCUCGGCAGCGGCGGCGGCAGCAGCAGCCGCCUCCGGGGGGCAGCAGCCCAAGGCGGAAUUUAGCGUUAAGCCAGAGUUGAAGGAGUAG